AUGGUCUGCUGCUACACCGGCCAGCUACUGCAGAAGUGCAUGGGCGCAUCUUCGGACGUGCUCGGCUACCCGGAGAUCGGCGCGCUUGCGUUUGGUGCCAAAGGACGGUUCGCCGUGUCGGCGAUCAUGUACGUCGAGCUCUACCUCGUUGCCAUCGGGUUUUUGAUAUUGGAGGGGGACAACCUGGACAAGCUGUUCCCGGGCACAAGCCUCAACCUAGGGGCCGGGCUCCUGAUCUCGGGCAAGCACCUGUUCGUCGUGCUCGCGGGCAUUGUGAUCUUGCCCACGACAUGGCUCAGGAACCUCGGCGUGCUCGCCUACGUGUCAGCCAGUGGUGUGCUCGCGUCCGUCGUGCUGGUGUUCUGCCUACUCUGGGCCGCGGUGGUCGACGGCGUCGGGUUUCAGGGGAAAGGAACCGUGCUGAACUUCAGCGGCCUGCCAACUGCUCUGGGUCUCUACAUUUUCUGCUACGGCGGCCAUCCCGUAUUCCCAACAUUGUGCAAUUCCAUGCACGAAAAGAACAAGUUCUCCAAGGUACUAGUUGUAUGCUUCGUUGUAUCUACCCUCAACUUCGGAUCCGUGGCUAUACUCGGCUACCUCAUGUACGGCGACGAUGUUGAAUCUCAGUUCACCCUGAACCUCCCGGAAGGCAAGCUCAGCUCCAAGCUAGCAAUCUACACGGCGCUAAUCAACCCGUUCUCAAAGUACGCUCUGAUGGUGACUCCUGUCGCCACGGCGAUCGAAGAGAAGCUGCUUGCUAGCAAUCAGAGGUUCGUCCACAUACUGGUCAGAACCUUCAUUGUCAUCAGCACAGUCAUCAUAGCCCUCACAAUCCCCUUCUUCGCUGACCUCAUGGCGCUCGUCGGCUCGCUCCUCAUUGUCAUGGCUUCGAUGCUGCUCCCAUGUAUCUGCUACCUCAAAAUCUUUGGUACGGCAAGCUGCAGCAGGGCUGAGGUUGCGCUCAUGGUCAUUAUUAUCAUUCUUGGUUCCUUGGUUGCUGCAAGUGGGACAUACUUUUCUUUGCAGAAGAUUAUUCAUGAUUUCUGA